AUGGCGCAGGUUGACACUCUGGACAUGCUCGUCCUGGCGGUGAUACUCGUCGGGACCAUAGCAUACUUCACCAAGGGCACGUACUGGGGUGUUGCAAAGGACCCCUAUGCCUCCACGUAUGCCGCAACGAACAGCGCAAAGCAAGGCCAGACCCGAAACAUCGUCGAGAAGCUAGAGGAAACCGGCAAGAACUGUGUCAUCUUCUACGGCUCCCAGACCGGAACCGCGGAGGACUAUGCGUCCAGGCUGGCCAAGGAGGGUUCUCAGCGAUUCGGCCUCAAGACCAUGGUCGCCGACCUGGAAGACUACGACUAUUCGACCCUGGACAAAUUCCCCGAAGACAAGGUUGCGUUCUUCGUCCUGGCUACCUAUGGCGAGGGCGAACCGACGGAUAACGCCGUCGAGUUCUUCCAAUUCUUCUCUGGAGACGAUACCAGCUUUGAAGAUGGAGGUUCUCCCGAAGACCAGCCGCUCUCCAACAUGCGAUAUGUCGCCUUUGGCCUCGGAAACAACACCUACGAACACUACAACGCCAUGGUUAGAAUCGUGGACAAGGCCUUGACCAAGUGUGGUGCUAAGAGAAUCGGUGACGCCGGCGAGGGCGAUGACGGCGCCGGAACCAUGGAAGAAGACUAUCUCGCCUGGAAGGAGCCCAUGUGGAAGGCUUUGGCUGCAGAGAUGGGCCUCGAAGAGAGGGAGGCCGUCUACGAGCCGACCUUCAGCAUCAUCGAGGAAGCCGACAUGACACCCGAAUCCGACAAUGUCUACCUGGGCGAGCCAAACUCAUCCCACCUCAACGGACGUAGCCAGGGCCCAUACAAUGCGCAUAACCCAUUCCUCUCGCCCAUCGUCGAGUCUCGCGAACUCUUCUCCGUCAAGGACCGUAACUGUCUGCACAUGGAAUUCAACAUCGAAGGAAGUCAGCUCAACUACCAGACCGGCGACCACAUCGCCGUCUGGCCCACCAAUGCCGGCCAGGAAGUCGACCGUUUCCUCAAGGUCUUCGGCCUGGAAGAGAAACGUCACCAGGUCAUUCGUGUCAAGCCAAUUGACGUCACCGCUAAAGUCCCAUUCCCUCAGCCAACUACCUACGACGCCGUUGUGAGAUAUUACAUCGAAGCCUGCGGGCCCGUAUCGCGACAGUUCAUCUCUCAGCUCGCCGCAUUCGCUCCGGAUGACGAAACCAAGAAGAAGAUGAUCCGCAUCGGCGAGGAUAAAGAUGUCUUCUCCGAUAAAGUGUCUACCUUUUACUACAACAUCGCCCAGGCCCUGCAAUCGUUCACCGAGAAACCCUUUACCGCCGUCCCAUUCUCGCUGCUUAUCGAAGGUAUCCCGAAGAUCCAGCCACGAUACUACUCCAUCUCCUCUUCGUCAAUGGUUCAGAAGGAAAAGAUCAGCAUCACCGCCGUCGUCGAGUCGUUACGUGUUCCUGGAGCCGGCCACGUCGUCAAGGGUGUCACCACCAACUACCUUCUUGCCCUGAAACAGAAACAGCACGGUGAACCAAAGCCAGACCCAUUCGGUUUGACGUACGCCAUCACCGGACCUCGAAAUAAAUAUGACGGCUUCCAUGUCCCCGUACAUGUGCGCCACUCUAACUUCAAACUCCCAUCUGAUCCAUCCAAGCCGAUCAUCAUGGUCGGUCCUGGUACCGGUGUAGCUCCGUUCCGUGGCUUCAUCCAGGAGAGAGUUGCUCAGGCAGCUAACGGUGAGACCGUCGGUCCCACAGUCCUCUUCUACGGCUGCCGUAAGAGCACCGAAGACUUCCUCUACAAAGAUGAAUUCGAGCACCGUCUCAAGGAACACGCCGAACUCGUCAGCGAUCUGCUCUCCAAGAAGGCCAACUUCUACGUCUGCGGUGAUGCAGCCAACAUGGCUCGAGAAGUGAACGUCGUUCUUGGCCAGAUCCUCGCUGAACAACGAGGCUUGAAACCCGAGAAGGGCGAGGAACUCGUCAAGCAUAUGCGAAACACCGGCUCGUACCAAGAGGACGUCUGGUCGUGA